GGGACUGGAAGGGGGUGUAAACAGAGGGAUGGAGCAGAUGGAGAAAAGGGCUGAGCCAAGCAGACAGACACAAGUCUGGGUUUAUGGGACGCAAAUGGACUGAACGCAGCUUGUCGUCUGAUUCACUUUGGGAAUUUUGACUGAAACUUCUGUUCCAUGCUUCUAAGAAGAAUGAGAUCUCUGAUUCUCUUCCUCCUCGGCAUGUUGACCUGCAACGCUGGGCGGCUGGACCGACUCGUCACAUUCAAAGGUCAAAAUGUCUCAGCAGUCCAAAGCAGCACUGGAGAGAAUCCAUGUGAAGCCACCCCUCUGGAUUUUGUCUUUGUGAUCGACAGUUCUAGAAGCAUUCGCCCCAACGACUACGAGAAGGUUAAGACAUUCAUCAUCCAAAUACUUCAGUUUCUUGACAUUGGCCACAAUUCAACACGAGUGGGUCUGCUCCAGUAUGGCAGUGUGGUGGAGCCUGAAUUCUCCCUCAACACCUAUAACUCCAGGGCACAGGUGGAACAGGCUGUGAGGGACAUGAAGCAUCUUGCCACGGGGACCAUGACUGGCCUGGCAAUCCAGUACACCAUGGAGGUAGCCUUCACUAAGAAACAGGGAGCCCGAGCCGUCCACCUGCACAUUCCACGCAUCGCCAUGAUUGUGACUGAUGGUAGACCUCAGGACACAGUAGAGGAGGUUGCAGCUGCAGCGAGGCAAGCAGGGAUCCAGAUUUUUGCUAUCGGAGUAGGCAGGGUGGACAUGAAGACUUUGAAGGCCAUCGGUAGUGAGCCUCACUCUGAGCACGUCCACCUGGUGGCCAACUUCAGUCAGAUAGAAACCCUGAUUUCUGUGUUCCGGUCCGCUCUGUGUGGAGGAUCAGAGAUGUGUGAAGUGGUGGACCAUCAGUGCCAGCACAUCUGUGUGAGCAGCCCCGCCUCAUUCAGAUGCAAGUGCAAAAAAGGCUUCACCCUAAACUCUGACGGCAAGACGUGUAAAGCUGAUGACACGUGUGCUGUGGUGGAUCAUGGAUGUGGCCAUAUCUGUGUUAACCUGCCUGAUGGAUACGAGUGCCACUGCCAUCCAGGAUAUGAGCUCACCGUAGACCAGAAGACAUGCAACAGAAUAGACUACUGUGACCUGGGAAACCACGGCUGUGAGCAGAACUGUGUCAGCGUUCCAGCGUCCUACAUCUGCAGGUGUAACAAGGGCUACGUACUAAAUCUGGACGGCAAGACCUGCAGUAAAAUCGACCACUGCGCUGACGGGACCCAUGGCUGUGAGCAGGAGUAUGUGAACACAGACGACAGCUGUGUGUGUAGAUGCAGAGUGGGAUUCACGCUCAAGCCAGAUGGAAAAACCUGCAAAAAAAUCGACCACUGCUCUGACGGGACCCAUGGCUGUGAACAGGAGUAUGUGAACACAGACGACAGCUGUGUGUGUAGAUGCAGAGUGGGAUUCACGCUCAAGCCAGAUGGAAAAACCUGCAAAAAAAUCGACCACUGCUCUGACGGGACCCAUGGCUGUGAGCAGGAGUAUGUGAACACAGACGACAGCUGUGUGUGUAGAUGCAGAGUGGGAUUCACGCUCAAGCCAGAUGGAAAAACCUGCAAAAAAAUCGACCACUGCGCUGACAGGACCCAUGGCUGUGAGCAGGAGUAUGUGAACACAGACGACAGCUGUGUGUGUAGAUGCAGAGAGGGAUUCACGCUCAAACCAGAUGGAAAAACUUGCAAAAAAUUUGACCACUGCGCUGACAGGACCCAUGGCUGUGAGCAGGAGUAUGUGAACACAGACGACACCUGUGUGUGUAGAUGCAGAGAGGGAUUCACGCUCAGACCAGAUGGAAAAACCUGCAAAAAGACAGAGUGCCAUGACGGCAUCAUGGAUGUAGUUUUUGUGAUCGAUGGCUCUAAGAGUCUGGGCCCAGCCAACUUUGAACUGGUCAAACAGUUUGUAAACGGCAUGGUGGACUCGCUGAACAUCUCCAGGAUGGGCACACACGUCGGCCUGAUCCAGUACUCCACUAAGGUGCGCACAGAGUUCACCCUGAGUCAGUAUGUCACAGCGCAGGGCAUCAAGCAGGCUGUGGCCCAGAUCCAAUACAUGGGCAGGGGCUCCAUGACAGGCUCAGCCUUGCGCCACAUGUUUGAGUCCAGCUUUUCAGAUAAAGAAGGAGCCAGGCCAAACGUCCCACGAGUCGGCAUCGUAUUCACUGAUGGGAGGUCCCAGGAUGAUGUUUCUGAGUGGGCCAGGAAAGCAAAGACCUCUGGGGUCACCAUAUUUGCCCUGGGUGUGGGGAAAGCCAUAGUGCAGGAGCUAAGCGAAAUCGCCUCGGACCCUGAUGAGAUGCACCUCUACUAUGCUGAGGAUUUUGAGAAAAUGGGAGAAGUUUCAAGGAAACUCAAGUCCAGGAUAUGUAAAGCUGGAAGAUCUCCUCAGGCAGCCUCCUGUGUGGAGAGUGAUCUGGUUUGGUUUUUUCAUAUCAAUUCAUCAAAAUCUUUAACAUGAUUACUUGAAGCUAUGACGAAGAAGCUGGAGACUCUGGAGAACCAGCUCGUACCUAAAUGAAGACAUGCUCCCUCUGAUGGACUCAACCACUCAUGCUGGAUCAUGUGCUGCUUGUAAUAUGUUAACUAAUGAUCUGUUAGCCCUGCACACAUGUCAGCCUUUCAUCACAUUAUAAUUUUAUUCAAUGGAAUUAAACAAAAGCUAUUUUGGACAUUACAAUCAGUUUCUGCCAACAUUAACUUUGUGUGAUCAAAACUCAUCUGUUGUCUUUAAAUGACUCGAAUCUCUAAAACGUUGCAGCAGCUCACGUGGAAGACUUUUUUUUUUUGUUAUGCCAGAAAAAUAUAAUUUUCACCAGACAUCUUGGUGUGAUUUCUGCCGUAACCAUGUAAAUAAAUAUAACGGCAUCAACCUCUAUAGGAGUUCUGACAUCAAGUUGUGUUUGUAACCCAAGCAGCUGUCCCCGUGUCCCGUCUGGCUGUAGAGCAACGGGUGCUGAAAACAAGGAGCAGUUUUACUCUCAUAGCUGGAGCACUAUAGCUUCAGCUAUGAUGCCUCACCUCAUAUCACAACUAUCAGAAAUAUUUUCAGUUGUUCUAAAGCCCAACAAUACGGAGACAGAAAUGAAGGAUGUAGAAGAAUCUGCUUCUAGACCUGAACACAAACGGGGGGACUCACCAGAACCAAAAUAUCACUGUAACCUCUGACAGAACCACUCCGAACAUCAGAACCAUCCCCUUGGGUUGUAACACCUAUUAUAAGAAAGCUCCUAGUUUAGAAUGAAAGGUGUUUCCCUCACCCUGUUGGUACACAAUAAACCUGCUUAAGUCA